AUGUCGAUCGAGUGUGGCCUUCCUACUGUAUCUGUAUGGCAACUCUUGAAGGAGGCAUAUAAUUUGCUCAAGGAUCCGGUGGUAUACGCCAUGUCCUCCAAGAGCUUCUUCGACAGUCUUAAGGAGGAAGUCGGGAAACUGGAGAACGAGGCUCGAAGGGUCGAAGCUUUGGCACAAGCGGCCAGAAACAAUCUUCGGAAUCUCAAUGAAGUCUUCACGGAGUGGAAGAAAAGGGCCGACAAGGCCUCGGAGGACGCGCGGAACCGGUGGGAGGCCUUCGAGGAUAGCAAGAGUUGCUGCUACGGGAGACUUCCCAACCCCUAUUGUCACUAUAAGUUCAGCACGGAGGCCGAGGCCGAGAUCAAAGUCAUUCAGGAUCUCGCUCAAGAAAGCAUCAGAUUCAGGGGUGUGGACGACAUCUGCCUCGUCGGUCCUGCUCCUGCUCCGACUUCCGCCAGGAGAGAAGGCAAAGAUGUCGUCCAGCCGACCACUGCAGCGGCCUCCAUUUCGUCUGCAUCGAUGUCGGUUAAGCUUAGGGACCGUGGCGUCUUCGAAUCCAGAGCUUCGAUGAUACGGAACAUCAUGGACGCUCUUGCUGAUAACAGCAAGAGCGUGGUCGGGGUUUACGGGAUGGGCGGGGUGGGCAAGUCCACCCUUUUGAAUGAGGUGAAAAGGAUACUAAGCGAAGGGAAGUUGUUUGAUUGGGUGGCUAAGGCCGACGUGUCAAAAAAUCCAGACAACGAGACGAUUCAAGGAGAGAUUGCCGCCGGCUUGGAACUUACUGACAUGGAGACCAAAAAGAUUAUUAGCGUGCGAGCGGAGCUUCUGCGCAACAGGUUGGAGAAGGAGGAGAAAGAGAAAAAGAAGGUGCUCAUAAUACUGGAUAACCUGUGGGAGGGCUUGGACUUAAACAAAGUCGGCAUUCCUUGCGGAGAUGACAACAAAGCUAGAGGAUGCAAGCUGUUGUUGACGUCCAGAGAUCUUAAUGUUUUGCAAAGGGGAAUGGGCUGCGACAAGGCCUUCCCUCUUGGUGGGCUGCUGGAGGAAGAGGCAAGAGCUUUGUUUGAGAGGCUGGUGGGAGACAAAGUUCAUCAGGACGAGUUCAGACCCUUGGUGAAUGAAGCACUCGACAGAUGUGCAGGUGUGCCUUUCCUGAUUAUUGCUAUGGCAAAACGUUUUAAAAAUGCCAAAUCAUUUGAAUGGAAGGACGCUUUGAGCAAAAUGGACAAGUUUGUAGACAGAGAAAACAACGGUUUGAUAGGUGACAUGUUGAAAUGGAGUUAUGAUAAGUUAGAACCGGAGGUAAAGGCAUUAUUACGACUCUGCGUUGUUUCUAGUGUCUCCAAGCCUUCUCUUGACGACUUGGUGAGGUACGGCUUCGGUUUGGGGUUAUUUGAACAAGUUGGCAGCCUGGAAGAAGCUACAAAUAGGUUGCGCUCUCAUAUCCGCGCUCUUCAGGCCUCCGCUCUUCUGUUAGACAGCGAAGACGUUGAAGGUUUCAAGAUCCAUGACUUGGUUUGCGAGUUUGUUGCCUCAGUCUCUUGGAGAGAUCACCACCCUCUUCUCAUGUUGGAAGAUAAAGUUAAGUCGGUAACAGAGUUGCCGAAGGACAAGCUCAAAAAUUGUGAGGCGAUGUGCUUUCCCAACAUGAAGGAGCUUCCGCAAGAGUUAAAUUGCCCCGAAUUGCGCAUCCUUUUGCUGUCCACAAACGACGAUUCUCUUCCCAUCCCAGACGAUUAUCUUCCCAUCCCAGAUUCAUAUUUCAACUCUAUGAGGAAUCUCAUGGUCUUAAAUCUCAUAGGAAUACGCCUCACUUGCUCUCCUUCGCCGUUUCAAUCCUUGGUGAACUUACACGCCCUAUGUUUUCAGGAUUGUUCAUUUGAGGAUGUGGCCAUUCUUGGCAAUCUAAAGGGGUUACAGAUUCUCAGCAUUGUGGACUCUGAAAUUCAGCGAUUGCCGAAAGAAAUUGGGCAACUGGUAGAGCUCAGGUUGUUAGAAUUGAGCCGCUGUUCAAAUCUUGAGAUAAUUGAACCGGGUGUACUUGAAAGCUUGACCAACUUGGAGGAGUUGUACAUGGAGCAUAGCUUUGAUCAAUGGAAUGCCGUGGAGCAAACUCCAGCAACUAAUGCCAGUCUUAUUGAGUUGAAUAACAUGAAGAAUCUCCGCACUCUGUAUGUAUCCAUUCCCAAUCCAAGUGCGCUCCCAAGGCAUCUAGAUGUGGAGAAGUUAACCAAGUACAAAAUCCGAAUUGGUGAUGCAUGGCGCUGGAGUGUGUACAAAGGAUCGAGGACAUUGGAGCUGGAGUUGAAUUCAAAAAGCGAUAUUCUUUGGGAAAAAUGCAUACAAAGUGUCUUAUGCAAAACCAACGAUCUGUUUUUGAAAGAUUUGAACAGAAUUGAGCAAAGUAUCUGCCGGUUAUCCCAAGAAGGUUUUCCACAAUUAAAGCAUCUAGAGGUCGAGGAUAGUUCCUCCCUCCAUUACAUCCUCGAUUGCUCUUCCCUUCCCACUUUUAAGGCGUUGGAGUCAUUACUUCUCAAGUGUCUCAUCAAUUUGGAGAAGAUAUGCCACAACCGCAUCUCCAUCGAGUCCUUCAGUACAUUGAAAGUAGUACAAGUUGAAAGUUGCGACAAGAUCGAAGUUCUAUUUCCUCGUUCCGUGGUGAGACGACUUCCAUACCUAGAAAAGAUCAAAGUUAAAGGUUGCCGGUUAAUGCGGGGGAUUGUAGAAGCUGAUGAUGGUCAUGGUAAACUUGAGUUGCCCAAGUUGCGCGUAUUGAAAUUGCAUGAAUUGCCAAAUAUCCAGAAUUUUAUCACCGCUUGUUCGGCUCCUUCGAGCAGUACAUCAAACGACCAAGUUGGCACUCAAAUUGCAUUCUUAAAUGGACGACAGGUUGCCUUUCCAAGUUUGGAGACAUUAGAAGUCAAUGGCUUGGACAAUGUCGGGUUUAUGUUUUCCCCAUCCGUGGUUAAAUCCCUUGCAAACUUGAGAAAACUAGCAGUAAACAAUUGCAAGAAGAUGAAGGCGAUCAUUAUGGAGGAAGAAGGGUUGGGAGUGGAAAUAUCAGAAACUCUGUCAUUCCCAAUGUUGACCGAUUUACUCUUAACUAAUUUGGGACGUUGGACGUCCUUCUUUCUCAAAAAAUGUCGGAGUCCGGACCGCGUCCAAUCAUGCUCCAGUGUGCUUUUCAACCGAGAGGUUUCAUUUCCAUUCUUGGACUCAUUGACAAUAGAAGGACUUCUCAAUUUAAAAGAGAUAUGGAGCGAUGAAUCUCCACUAGAGUCGAGCAAUCUCCGAUCUCUCAAAGUGGUGCGGUGCGAAUCUCUCUUGAAGGUUAUCAGCUCCAAAUCGUUGGUAAAGCUCCACAAGUUGCAAACUUUAAGUAUCAAUGAUUGCAGUUUGGUGCAAGAAAUUUUUUACCUUGAAGGACCAAGCACCAAUGGAGAUGUUGAGACUCUGUCAGAGUUAACCACCUUGGAAUUGAAUAAGUUGGGGAGCUUGAGGCGCAUAUGGAAGGAGAAUCCUAGUGGAAUAGUGAGUUUCCAUAAAUUACAGGAGUUUAAGUUGGAUGGCUGUGACAAGCUUGAAUUUAUAUUUUUUCCAUCCAUGGUGAAUUCUCUCGCACAACCGAGAGAUCUAACGGUAUCAAAUUGCAAGAAGAUGGAGGCGAUCAUCGCGGAGGAAGAACGAUUGGGAAUGGAAAUAUCAAAAACUUUGGCAUUCUCUAUGUUAACCAAUUUACGCUUAGAUCGUUUGGAAAGCUUGAAGUGCUUCUCUCGUAGAAAGUGUAAGAUCAAUUUUUUCUUUUUAUUACUAAAGAUUUUUGUGUAG